AUGGCAGACACGCAGACCAUAGCCAGCCGGACCAGUUACCUCACGAACGCAGUCGAGGCACUAUUUGGGCAUGCUGGCUCGAGGGAAAUGGCCUCUAAAUGUGUCAACGAGACUCUCAAAUCGGGUUGGAAGCUGGUGACACAUGACAGCUCGGGGCACUUAGCCUCAAACAAGCCCUACCGCUUCAUGGUCCUUCGCUACUUCCAGUGGGCCGAGCUGGUGUCUAUGGGGAUUUUUGAGCAGCAAGUGACGCCCUCCACAUUAGCAGAAAUGCAAGGUGCUGCCGGAAUUUGGCAUGUCGUCAUCCGCGAUUUCCGCUACAAGCCCGAAGGCCCGCCCAAUGUGGUCUCCACAUAUUUCAGCACCCAUUUAGACCUUGUGUAUGCGGCGGUACAGGAAAAGUUCGAUCUGCUACAGGAAGAAGACGACCCAAGGUUGAUCGAAGCUGCACUUCAGGAAGAGGACUUCAGACAACUGUUGGAGGACUACUUCAUGACCGGCGACACCUCAAAUGCGAGGUUUUACAAAACUCUCGCCACACUGAGUUGCUUGGGAAGCCUGACUUUGCUUCACUUCUGCUGUGAACACGGAUUGUGCAAGUGCGUCGAGUUCCUUCUUCAUGGGUAUUGCAGCCAGACGGCCGAACAUCCUUGGCUGCAGCUUGCUGAUCCCUUGUGGCAGGAGCGCACGUGGGGAAAUAAUGCAUUCUCCAUUGCCGCAUACAGAGGCGAUGAGAAGCUCCUGCAAAUCCUGUGGGCUUGGGCAGAAGAGCAUGACCGGGUUGGCCGCGUCGCGCAGUCGAGAACGAAGAGCGGUCAGAGUCUAAUAGAUAUCAUUGAGGAGCGACUGCAAAAACGUGGGUCCAAGGGAAAUCCGAGAGCAGCUUUCAAUGUAAUUGCUCCAGCUUUCAACAGAAGCAUGUUGGAUGCCGGCAUCCACAUCCAGAGCAGUACACCAGAGUUACCGAAGCUGGUAAUCGAUGCCAGCUUGGAACGGGACAGCAGAUCAGCCGCGACGCCGAGCAGUCGGCAAAUGAUCCCUCUCCAGGCUUGCGAAGGCUCCGAGUUGUCCCUGGCCUCCUUGGCACAAACACUUGAGGAAUGCUCCGGAAGAUUAGCAGGCAAGUCCCUUCUAAUCUUGAAUGCUUCUUUCAGGAGGGGCACAGAAGACGACAUGAACCGUUUGAUGAAAGCCGUCAGCUCCUGCCACCGCGUUGCCGUCAAGGGUUGCAGCUCAAGGGCGGAGACCUGCAUAGGCCUCGGGCGUGCUGUCGUAAAGAGGCUACAGGAAGAUCCACCUCCGGCAUGGAGGUCCAUCGAUCUUCUACCUCAGUGGAACGAAGCCCCAUCUAGGUCGUCACCUGUACUCACAGAGUUCGCAGACACCCUGGAAGCACUCCUUCACGCGGGCCUGAACUCGCGGAACUUGGACUUCCAGUUUGAGCUACCUGCACGGGCUGGACGUUACCUGCCAGAGGACAGGUAUGCCCUGAAGGGACUGGCCAAGCUCGCUUUCACGCCGAAGAGGCUGGCUUACAGCUUGCUCGAGAACCAAAGCCGUAACAAGCAGCUCGAAAGCAACCUGCUGGCCAACUUCAAGGCAUUCAACCCACUCCUGUGUGCUCCAGCUUACCUAGAGCGAGUGCUGCUCCCCAAGGAAAUCCUCCUGAAAGUCUCUGCAGUUGAGCCAGCCUUGAACGCAUCAUGGGUGGACUUCGUCGAGCGCAUCGUGCAGAUCUGGGUGGGGCAGGCUGCAGCGCUACCAGAGUGGGCAAUGACUUUGCAGUUUCCUAGUGCCAGAAAGCAGCGGGUCCUGGGCCAGAUAGUACAAAUGGUGGAUGGAGCCGUUCUUCACUUUGCCAAGAUGCGGCCCCGAAAGACUCGCCCCGGCCUGUCUGCCAUGAUCCCUGCUCUCCACCGGGCUCUGGAGGAAUGUCCAGGAUGGCCGAACAUGCUGCCCAAGACGGCGAACUAUCUGCAAUCUGUCGGAUGCAGCGCAGCAAACGCGCAACAUCCGGUCCCUCGGACAUCUAUGGCUGAAGAUAGUAUUCCGCAAGUGAGUUCUGAGAUUGGCCGACAGUCCGCCUCUGACGAGCAUGCAGCGGUGGCAACUCCGACAGCCCCAGCUGGAUCAGAACCUCUCGAGCCUCCUCCCCAGGUUCCUGCUGGUGCAAGGCCGGAUGCCUUCGAGACAUCGGCUCCAAGUUCAGAUUGGGUGCUGCUGACUUUCAAAGGCAGUACCAACGUGAUCCGCUCGACCCUGUUGCGCGAUCCGACGGAGGAGCAGGACCUCCUGAUGCUUCGGCAGGCGGUCCAGGAAGCAGAGGCCGUUGAGGACCUGAGCUGGACCAGAGGAGCUGUAUUACUUCUUCCAGUCACGGAAAUCGAGAUCGCGAAGAAGAUCCUGGAUCAAAGUGAUGGGCCUUUGCAUCGGCGCAACCAGGUGCUCACGCAGAUCGCGUUUGAGGGGCUGGUGGUACGGGUCUUGACGCAGCUUCCCUGCAGGAAGCGGCCGAAGCUGGCAGAUCGUUCCCGGACCACGGCUUCCUGCGGGGCUUCCUGCGACGAGGCACCAGAGAGAGAGUUCGCCACUUCCGCCAACUGCACCUCGCUGCCGGAACUGCCGCCGGUGGAGCUGCAGGAGCGACUUGUCGUGAAGCGAACCUUCCUUGACAUCCAGGGCGACACGGCAAGCGAGAACAGUCUGGUGACCCAGACAACAGGUGCGCUUUUGCUGAUAAAUCCCCGGCGCAAGCUGGGUCGUGAAAUUUAUUGA